AUGAAUGAUGCCAAACGUGGUGAUGACAAGGAAGUAUUUGAGUCACACUGUGGAGUUGGGUCGUGUCGUCCUCAAGCUCUACAAUGUCUCAAAAAUGUUUUAUCAUUUUCCAUAUUCUUCGGCCUCGCAGCCAUGAUUACACAGUCAUUGGGUAUUUAUAUUGUCUCACAAAUAACAGCCCUGGAAAAGCAGUUCAAUCUUAGCAGUACGGCAACUGGCAUUAUCCUUAGCUGCAAUGACAUAGGUUUCCUCUGUGCCGUUCUUUUCAUUAGUCAUUUUGGAAGUUACGGCCAUAUUCCACGAGUCAUCUCUCUAUCUACCAUCCUGUUUGGUGUAUCAGGCAUUUUGGCAAGUCUGUGCUACUUCUUUGAUCCCUACCAGUUGCCCAAGCUGUCAACAGAGGAUGUUAGGAAUUCGUCGUUAGAUCACACUUUCGUGGCCCCUCUGUGUGACCAGGGCAACACGACGUCACAUGGGUGUGGUGAGGAGGGUGUAGCCAGUGAUACUGGCAGUGCACAAUGGAUAGUGUGGUUUUUUGGUAUCAGUAUGGUUCUUCAAGGUAUUGGAAAAUCACCUCGCGUAUCUCUAUCAACUACUUACAUAGAUGACAACAAUCCCAUCAAGACCAAAAGUGGACUUUACAUCGGUAUCAGUGCAACGAUGACCUUGUUUGGCCCUGCAAUAGCGAUUGCACUAGGAGGCGUGUUUAGGACUAUACCUGUUGAUCUGCAAGAUCUGCCUAGGUCAAUGUUCCGUGUGUUGAGGAGUCCUGUCUACAGUCUGUCGCUGGUGGGCAUCCUCUUCUUGAAGUUUCACGUGGCCGGAUCUCAGGCUUUCACAUCUAAGUACGCCGAGAAGCAGUUUAUGGUCCCCGCAUCCAGAACAAACAUCAUCCUAGGGAUACAGAGUCUCAUCAGCCUGUCAGUCGGAACCUUCACUGGGGGACUUCUGACAAGUCGUCUAAAACUCACACGAGCUGGCUGUCUCAAGCUUAUCCUGUUGUCGCAAAUUGUAGCCUCAUUGGCCACUGUGGUUAUGGUAUUCCUCGGCUGUGAUACACCACAGAUUCUUGGUUUCCAUGACAAGGAGCGAAUCAUCACAUUUGACGACGGCAUCAGACUGUGUUCGUGCGACAGCACCAGUUACUUUCCUGUCUGUGGAGACGACGGGAUGACGUACUUCUCCCCAUGUUUCGCUGGCUGUACAAACCAAACUCUAUCGAUGUAUGGUGGUUGUAGCAAGGUGACGAGCGGCCAGACAACGGCAGGGGCGUGUGUCAGCGACUGCCCCUACUUCUACUACUACAUUGCCGCCGACAUGAUACAGAAGCUGAUCGGAACCAUGUCCAUCUUGCCUAUUUACCUGAUUCUCAUUAGGAGCGUAGAGGGCAGAGACAAGGCAACGGCGUUUGGGUUGUUUACAUUUUUAUCAUCCCUGCUAGGAUACCUUCCGGCUCCAAUUGUGUUCGGCUACAUCAUCGACAGUGCAUGCCUUAUUUGGGAGAGGCCAUGUGGAGUAAGUGGUGCGUGCGGCCAGUACAACCUGGAAUCCUUGCGAGUCAGACUGAAGGCUGUGGAAUCCGCUUUAAAGGUUGCUGCCUUGAUCUUUUUCGGUGUCGCCUUAAUUGUUCUCAAGUUACAAGGUGGCAAUAAACCCACUGAGGAAACCCUUGAACUGACAAGGAAAACGGACAAGAAAAUGGAGUCGUCGGCCAAAUGA